AAUUCCUAAAACCCACGCGUAUAAUACGUAUAAUUGGUUCAAUGUCGCCACUUGGACAAAAUUACAAGUGAUUAAAGUGUUACAAAGACCUUGUAGAAUUCCUUUGUGCUAAAUUGAGUUAUUUAAAGUGAAUUAAUGACAAUGGCGGGUGUUUUAGCUAAUGAUUCGCCUAAAUAUCGAAACAGUUUGAUAUGCUGCAGUCCACGGACCGCGGAAAUUGGCUCCAGCCCUCCGUCUUCCUCAUCAACUUCAGGGUGUGUCUCAGCGGACGACAGCUAUGAUUCCAGUUAUAUACCGAAGUCUAUAGCUAAUAAAAAGUUGAAAAUACACGCAUCCGCAACAAAGGAAGAGGUGGAAAGGGCAAUUUUGCAAUGUAAGGAGCUCAUACUGAGUAGCCCACAAUGCUCUGACGAAAGGAAAUGGUUAGUACGCUAUCUAAUAGAGCUGCGACUGCAUUUGCAGGAUUUGAAGGACAACAAUGGGCAAAUAAGACUUGCAGUAAGCCUUAAAGGCCACCAUUUUGAACAACAAACAAGUACAGGUAAUAGAAAGCAGUAUUGUGACCAUUGCAGUGGAGUCAUAUGGAGCAUAGUACAGGGAUCUUACAUUUGUACAGAUUGUAAAUAUAUAUGCCAUUAUAAAUGCAUUGAUGAUGUGUGUAGGGUGUGUGCUCAUGUCAUUAUGACAGAAAAGGGACAGUUCGAAAUGAAUAUAUGCCCGGAAAAGGGACUUGCCAGUCAGGAUUAUAAAUGUGCGGAAUGUCACACGGCACUCACUUUUAAAGAUGCAUGGAAUGAACCUAGGUUGUGUGACUAUACAGGCUUAUAUUUCUGUACUACAUGUCACUGGAAUGACCAAAGUGCAAUACCAGCCAGAGUCGUACAUAAUUGGGAUUGGGAAAAGCAUUACGUUUCGCGGAUAGCUUUUCAAAUGUUAACGAUAUCCUGGAAUCGCCCGUACAUAGAUAUAGAGCGGAUAAAUCCACGUUUAUUUAAUUUUAUUGCUGAGUUGGAAUGGGUACAGAAAAUGAGACGGGAUCUUGAAUGGAUGAGACGUUAUUUGUGUGCUUGUAGUAAUGGACCCAGUUUGUUACAUCCCUUAUUUAUACAAUUAGGGGAUGUAAACAAAAAGUACAGUAUGGCACAUUUACAAGCAAUUAACGAUGGAACAUUAGAAACUCAGCUAAGGGAAUUAACGGAGGUAUGUCGUUCUCAUAUUACAAACUGUCCUCUGUGUUCCGGGAAAGGCUACUUAUGUGAAGUCUGUAUGAAUAACGAGGUUUUAUAUCCGUUUGAUUCGGGAGCAAUCAUGUGUGAAAAAUGUAACUCGAUGUACCACAGAGGUUGUUGGUUGAGGAAAAGACAGAAGUGUUUAAAAUGCUUGCGGAUUGAAGAACGGAAGAGAAGUGGUAAUGACACGGAUACAGCAGAUGCUAAUAAUUUUGAAUAUGACAUUGAUAAGUUUGUUGAUUAAAAAGUAUUUGUACCUGAUUUCUUUUUAGUCAUAUGCUUGGCUAGUUAACAUUUUGUGCUAUAUUUCUUACUUUUGAUGCCAUCAAAAAUCUGUACAGAAGCGAACAUUUCGGGGUCCAAAAGGAACUUGUCUGGUUUUUUGUGUUUUCAUUAUGCAAGUAAUUUAUAUUUACGUUUUUUGCAUUGAGAAGUAUACAAACAUUUUUUUAAUCAUUGUAACCAAAUUAGGCUAGUAAGAAAAUAAAAUUUUCAAUCAUUCUAAUUUGUUUUUGUUUGUUAAAGCAUUUUUUUACUUAAUGUCAAAACCUACGGUUAAUGUUACAAACAAAGAUCAUAUUACCAAAUCAAGAUGCUCAACUUGCAUGCGAGUUACUUGCAAAAUGAAAAACUUUUAUAUUGUUAAAAUGUGAAAAAUAUUAUUGUUCAAAGUUUUCAAAUUUAAUGAUCUGUUUCUAUUAUA